AUGUCCCAGCGGCGGCGCGUGUGCGCGGUCUGUGGCAGCACACGCUUCCGACUGCUCUCGGCCCAGCUGGUAUGUCAUGCGGGGCAUGUUCAGCGUGACUUUCGUGUUGAGGCCGCACAGGAAGAUGAUGGUUUUGAUACCCAAAUUACCACACGUUCACGGAAUUUCAACCGAUCAUCGCAGCGCGACGCACGUCGGAUUGAGCGACAGCAAUGGGCUGUUGAGCAGCGGCGCAAGCGGCGCGGACGUGUAGGACAUGUGUUUCCCGGGACAGCAGAGCACGCAUCUCUAUCGGACCCUGAUAAGGCACUCCUACAAGGCACAAGAGCUACGUUUGCUAUUGUUCAAUGCUUGCAAUUGAUUCUGCGGCACCAAAUUGAAUCAGUAUCGCUUUGGCUUCCGGGUGUGGAUGUGACAAUCUUAGAAACCUGCGCACGCAAAAUAUGGGCCUAUAAUGUGUCAUGCCAUAAUGUCCCAGCCGCACCACUAGAGGCGGCGCGUGAUACCUUGUCACGUCAGCAACAGUCUAAAGCGACACCACUUCGCUCUGUGCCACGACGAGGUCGGCAGCGCUAUGAGACUCCCAACAGCAAAUCUGUGCGAACUGUGAACUUGUCCAUUCGUUCAACAGUGGCGGUGCUCUAUCUCGCCUUCGUACAGUGUCGCAUCCCCAUCACCUUAGGUGACUUGCGCAAACGCAUAUUUGACAGGACUCUGCCGUACCUGAACGCGAUUCGGUUCCUUCCGAAUACACUCACAAGUGCGCUUUCAUUCAGCGAUAUCCAAUUUGCAAAUCUGGACUGCAACCAUAUUCCCAGUGUAACAGAACUACAUCGAAGGACAGAGCACAUCGCCUCGCAGUUGUACUCGCGCUUUGAUGUGAUGUUCCUUGAGGUGAACAGUGCCCCUAUUCUGAGUCGCUAUGUUCACGACUUGCUACUUCCUUCUACAUUUUAUGUGGGCGCCAAGUCUUUGUUGACAUUCCUUCGUAUUGAUAUGCAUGUUCACAGCGUCUCUGUCAUGCCUGUGAACCCAAUUGCUCGUGCCAAAUUCAAGGAAAAACGGCCAGAUGCAGGAACUCGCAAUUCCAAGCAUGCCUUUUCACGCAACUCGGUCAUUCCACGUAGUGUGAUGCUCAUGGCAGCGCUACUUGUUGUGGUCAAGUUGCAAUAUGGCCUGGAUGGUAUACGCCGGCGUGAGUCGCCAUUGUAUGUACAUGACCGAGCCAUCUUCUCGGGGGCGGCGCCGCAGGAUGCGUGGAUUGAUGCGAUUUGCGCAUUACACGGUCUGCCUAGUGAAAGGACAUGGGAUGCGGUGCCUGCUGAGUUUGCGCCAUGGGAUACGCAGAUUGACCUACUCUCGCUUUCGGACAAAGAUGUGGAUACGUAUCUGUCCUUUCUGGAAGACCAGUAUGCGCCGAAAAAUAUACCCAGCAGCAUGCCACUGCGUGAACGCAAUGAUGAGGAUGAUCUGCUACCUUGCUUGCCUGGAAAGCAUAGACCAGAAAUGCAUCUCGCCACACUCUCUACCCAAAAUCGAAAAACAUACUACGAGCGCCGCGCCCAGCUUCAGUCAGCUUUGUAUACCCAACCGAACGAAGAGGAUACGAUAUGCCUGGCCCCUGGUGAGGGAUAUGCUACGCAUACACAUGAUCCUGGUGGUGUCAUGCCACGUGAGAUGAAACGUGUGUUGGAUGUGGCCAUGAAAGUGAUCGGACUCGACACGACGCCAGAACCGGCCUUUGAAACGACAUCAAUUGCAUGGGGCCGACCGCAUGACCAGACAGUUCUGGCCGACUGUAUGAUGCAAUUAGAAGAAGGGCUCCUUGUAAUGCUACGCCAACGACGAUGA